AACCCGGAUAGUGCUUCAGCCGAUCCCUCACAAAAUUUGACUUUGUCUCCUCUUAGGCAAGCUAUUACUACUAUUGAACAUAAAAUUAGGAAUUUGGAAAAACGUAAGUCAAAACUAGAAUCAUAUAGGGAAUUACAAAAUGCUGGAAAAGAACUGAACUCUGACCAAAAGACUGCUGUGGCUAAAUAUACUGAAGUGAUUAGUACAUUGGAUUUUGCUAGAGAUCUUUGUAAACAGUUCCUAGGCAUAGCUGUUUCCACAGAAAAGGAAGCAAAGAAAUCUGCUAAGAAAGAGGCUGCUGCUAAAUACCAGGCCGAACUAGCAAGGCUGAGAGAAAUACUCCUUGUACAAGAUGCCUUGAAUCAAAUGGGGAAUGAAAAUGUGCGUGAUGAUUUUUUACAUGGAAGAAAUGGAGCUGCUCAACUUUCUGAAACAGAUCUCAAGUUGCUUGACGACCUUUAUCCUGCUGUGACUCCAAAGCAUGAAGCAGGCAAUCCAACUGCUUUCACUAAUGAAGUUCAAGCUGCUGCUGAACAUUUAUUAGCAGCAGUUGAUGGAAAACAGAAGGAAGUGUUUGGUGGAAGUUAUAGUCAGAUCAAGGAAAUUUUAGGAAAAAUCCAUGAAAGUGGAUAUUUUGAUCAAGCACAGAUCUUCGAAGGCUACACCGAACCGGAAGCCAUCGCCGAAGAACCCGAAGAGCCUUCAGUCGAGCAACUACAGCUCAACAACCACGAAACGCAGCAGCCCGAACAGCCCGAAGAACUGGCGCAUCCCGCGCCCCCAGUCGAUACGGCGUUCGUCGAUCAGCCGCCCCUGGUCGAGCAGCCGCCCCUGGCAGAGCAGCCGCCCCUGCCGCCCGUAGUGGAGGCGGUAGCGCCGCCCGAGCAGAUUUUCUACCAGCAAAUCGCGCAGCCGCCGCCGCUCAGGCCGAUUACGGAGAUGCUGGGUACCGGUAGCUUCUUCUUCCUUCAGGAGUCCGAAAUCGAUCCCCCCGAACAGAUCCCCAGCCAGACGUACACGAACCAGAAUUUCGGCGCCCCCUUGCCCCAUGCGGCGGUGCCGCUGCCGCCCCACUUCGCGACGAAGCCCGCCAGCAUGCCGCCGUUGCCGCCCAACAACCACCACCUCCAGCAAGGGCCGCCCCAGUCGGUUGGCAACAACGGCCUGGACGAGCAGGAGGAGCACCACAAGGACCUUGGGCAGGGUAGGUCUGCCAACGCGACCUCCUUCUACCAUAACAACGGUUACAGCGCCAGGCAACAACAACGACAGCCGAACCCGAACAGGAGCGGUGGAGGCGGCGGGGGUCCUCCCAGGCCCGCCAACAGGCACCACUGAAACGAUCGCAUACGCUCCGAUAUUCAUACCUUCUCUUUCUUCUUCCCGUUGAUUUUUUUUUUAUUUAAUUUCUAAGUCAAAGCGAGAGUUCUCGAAUUUUUUUCGUCGUCACGUCGGAAAGAUGACCUCAAAGGAACAAACUGCAUUCGCGUAUUUUACC